AUGUCCGACAUGAAACGAGAACCAUCUUCUCCAGGCCUAAAGCCAGCCCAGAGUCAGGUAAGGGAGAUCGACGUGGACAGGACCGGCAACAUCAGCGGGCUCCGAUACAUCACCUGUCGCAGUGAGGACCCCGAGCCACGGGCGGGCAUUAUCGGCGGCAUUCUCCAACUGGAGGGCAAAUGGUUUGGAUUGACGGUGCUCAGCCCCUUCCUGGAAGACCAUUUCUGUGGCGUCGGUACGCAGCCCUUCUGGCACACCACCCCCUACGACGCGGAGAUCAAGUCGACCGAGAUCUACGACGCCCGCGCGCCCCACGCCCUCUGGGGGCGCAUCCCUCCGGAUCCCGAGACCCUGCAGCCCCAGAAGCGAUACUUCUCCCGGAUCGGAAACUGGGCCCUCGUGGAGCUGGUGAACCAGGAGCUCGCAGAGACCUGCGUGCCCGGUCCGGACGCGAGUUGGGUGCUGCUCCCCACCAUCAUGGACAAGGAUAAGCCCGUGCCGCGCUGGCAGCUGAUGAUCCCGGACCGGGAGCUUCCCCCCAGCGAUGAGCCGUUGGACAUUGUGAAGCCCUGUGCGCAGUGUCAGGGCACGGCGGAUCUGUGCUACCACUAUGCUUUCAAGUCGGACGGCUUCCUCUCGGAGUGGGGAGCGUGGGUCAUCGAGGAGCCGCAUCUCAGCGUCGUCGGCAUCGUUCACUUUUCGGAUCGUUUCACAAUCCAAGCCAUCCCGGCCUGGUGGACAUUCAACGAGCUCAAGCAGCGCUUUCCGGCCCUCAAACCACCCUUGAUUUGUUGUGCAUUCCCGAACGACAAUGAUUUCCUAGGCAGUGGGUACGACACCGACAACGAUCCAGUCACAAAAGACACGGACGACAUUCCAGCCAAAAAACAACCCCCAUCGGUUUGA